GGCCCAGGAAGCAGCAUGCACCGCGAUGCCACCGACAGCAGCGGCGUCUGCCGCGGCCCCACGCCCGCCGCAGACGUCGGCCGUGCUGCCCUGGGCUCGGCGGACGGGCGACGGGCGGCGGACGGCCCGGGCGGGGGCUGGCGGGGACCCGCGGCCCUGGCCGUCCUGGCCGCUCUGGCGCUGUGUUGCCUGGUCCCCGGUUGGGGACCGGCGGCGGGCGCGGGGCCGGGCGCCUUGCUGCUGCGUCUCGGUCUGUACCUGAGCGGCGCCGCGGCCGCCUGGCUGCUGGGGACACUGAUCGCGCUCGUCUGCUGGAGCCCGCGCGCCCGGCCGCCGGACUUCGCCUCUUCCUGGAGCCGCCUGGCGGCGACCGUCCGCUACCCGCUGCGGAGCCCUGUAUGUGGGAAUCCACAGGAGACAGCUCAGGGCAGAAGAGUGGUCAUUUCUCACAACGUGGAUCGAGCUCUGAAAGACGUGUUCGACUACAGUUACAGAGACUAUAUUCUCUCCUGGUACGGGAACCUCAGCAGAGAUGAUGGGCAGCUCUAUCAUCUGCUCUUGGAAGACUUCUGGGAAAUUGUCAAGCAGAUUCGCCACAGACUGAAUCACGUGGAUGUAGUUAAAGUUGUCUGUAAUGAUGUUGUAAAGGCUUUGCUCACUCACUUCUGUGACCUGAAAGCUGCUAAUGCCAGACAUGAAGAACAGCCAAGGCCUUUUGUGCUGCACUCAUGCUUGAAGAACUUGCGUGAUGAAGUUCGGUUCCUUCAAAUGUGUUCUCGGGUCCUGGUGUUUUGUUUUCUGCCUUCGAAGGAUAGCCAAUCUCUCAGCUUACGUAUAAUGCUCGCAGAAAUUCUCACAACAAAAGUCUUGAAGCCAGUAGUGGACUUGCUGAGUAAUCCGGACUACAUUAACCAAAUGCUCCUGGCCCAGCUGGAGUACAGGGAGCAGAUGAAUGAACACCACAAGAGAGCCUACACAUACGCUCCUUCCUACGAGGAGUUCAUCAAGCUGAUCAACAGCAACUCUGAUGUGGAGUUCUUAAAGCAGCUCAGGUAUCAAAUUGUAGUGGAAAUAAUCCAGGCAACCACGAUUAGCAGCUUUCCACAGCUGAAGAGGCACAAGGGUAAGGAGUCAGCUGCCAUGAAAACCGAUCUCUUGAGGGCCCGGAACAUGAAAAGGUACAUUAACCAGCUGACUGUGGCAAAGAAGCAGUGUGAGAAGAGAAUCCGAAUCCUGGGAGGGCCUGCCUACGACCAGCAAGAGGACGGGGCCUUGGAUGAAGGGGAGGGGCCUCAGAGCCAAAAGAUUCUUCAGUUUGAAGAUAUUAUGACCAAUCCUUUCUACCGAGAGCGCUUUGGAACAUACAUGGAGCGGCUGGACAAACAGACUCUGAUUGGCUUUUGGGAGUCUGUGGAACACCUGAAAAAUGCUAACAAGAGUGAAAUUCCACAAUUAGUUGGUGAAAUUUAUCAGCAUUUCUUUGUGGAAAGCAAAGAAAUACCCGUGGAAAAGUCACUUUACAAGGAAAUCCAGCAGUGUCUCGUGGGAAACAAAGGUACUGAGGUAUUCAGCAAGAUCCAGGCAGAUGUGUACGAGGUGCUGAGGGACAGGUAUUACCCGCCGUUCCUUGUCAGUGACCUGUACGAGAAGCUGAUGGCCAAAGAGGGCAAGCAUGCGUCCCAGCAGGCUUUCGACAAGGAGGAACUGGGUUCUGGAAGUGAGGCUGGCGAGGAAGCCCUGGAAGGCACCGGUGGGAUUAGUGAUCAAGCUAGCUUCGGUGUAAACAAACUUCGAGAGCUAAGUGAGAAACUUGAAUAUAAAAGGCAAGCUCUAAGUUCUAUUCAAAAUGCACCAAAACCUGAUAAGAAGAUUAUUUCCAAGUUGAAGGAUGAAAUUCUCGUCAUAGAGAAAGAAUGCGCAGAUCUUCAGCUACACAUGGCAAGGACGGACUGGUGGUGUGAGAACCUGGGCCUGUGGAAAGCGGCCAUCACCAGCGCAGAGGUGACAGAAGAGAAUGGCGAGCAAAUGCCUUGCUACUUGGUCAGGGUAAACCUACAAGAAGUUGGAGGGGUCGAAACUAAGAACUGGACCGUCCCAAGAAGGCUCAGUGAGUUUCAGAAUUUACAUCGGAAACUUAGUGAGUGUGUCCCUUCUUUAAAAAAAGUCCAGUUGCCUUCUCUCAGUAAGCUGCCUUUCAAAUCUAUAGAUCACAAGUUUCUGGAAAAGUCGAAGAAUCAGUUAAAUAAGUUUUUACAGAACCUGCUUUCAGAUGAGAGACUGUGUCAGAGCGAAGCACUCUAUGCCUUUUUGAGCCCUUCUCCUGACUACCUCAAGGUUAUUGAUGUACAGGGGAAAAAAAACUCCUUUUCCUUAUCUUCAUUUCUGGAAAAACUUCCUCGAGACUUCUUCUCCCAUCAGGAGGAGGAGAUGGAGGAAGACAGCGACCUGUCAGACUAUGGUGAUGAUGUGGAUGGGAAGAAGGAUGCCCUGGCCGAGCCCUGUUUCAUGCUGAUCGGGGAGAUUUUUGAACUCCGAGGAAUGUUUAAAUGGGUGCGAAGAACAUUAAUUGCUCUCGUCCAGGUCACUUUUGGAAGAACCAUCAACAAACAAAUCCGGGAUACAGUGAACUGGAUAGUCAGUGAGCAGAUGUUGGUUUACUACAUCAAUGCUUUCCGGGAUGCUUUUUGGCCAAAUGGGAAGUUGGCACCGCCAACUCGAGUCCGAAGCCAAGGGCAGAGUCAGGAGACGAAGCAGAGAGCACAGCAGAAGCUGCUGGAGAACAUUCCAGAUACCCUUCAGAGCCUUGUUGGACAGCAAAAUGCCCGUCAUGGUAUAAUAAAAAUAUUCAAGGCACUGCAAGAAACAAGAGCUAAUAAGCACCUGCUAUAUGUCCUGAUGGAGCUGCUGCUGCUGGAACUGUGUCCUGAGCUGAGAACUCACUUGGAUCAAUUCAAAGCUAGUCAAGCCUGAGACUGCACAAACCAACCACCAGAAAAUGUCUGUGUAAUAAUAGACAUGAAACAUUUUCCUCUUUUCCACAGAGGGCCUGACAAGAACCAUACUGAUUUUUAUUUUCGUACCUCCCUCUACUUUGAUGUGAAAUAAGGUCAAUCAAAGGGAGGCGGACCGAUGCUGGGGUAGGCAGUAGGAAAACAAACUGAUGUUUGUCGGUUUUUAUUUAAAUGAUAAAUACUUUAAAGCUCAACUUGCCGAUUGAAAUACAAAUGUUAAUAUGUGAUAAGAACAUAGGAAAUAUUUUAAAUAUUUAUGAAAACAGUUUUGUUGUUAAAUGACAAACUCUGAAUCUUGUACAGUUAAUCUCCUCACUGAGGAUUCUGAACAUUCCUGUGUUUCACGUGUAUUGAAGAACACUGUUGUGCGAUGCUUGGUGUAAAGUUAUUGUGAAAAUUUUAUUGUCUUUAUUUUUACCAAAGAUUUCCCAUAGUUUGAAGCAUUUGAAGCAAUAAAAUUUAAAAAUGAA